AUGGUGUACUGGCUGGUCGCCCUCCCGGCGCCCAGCACCGGCAUGGAGGGUGCCUGGGCCAGCCUGCAGGAGGACACCACCUAUUCCUCGGACCUCAGCGUCAACUUCAAGUUCGCGGUGCCCGAGUUCAAGGUGGGGACCCUGGACUCCCUGCUGGGCCUCAGCGACGACCUGGUGAAGGUGAACGGUGCGGUGGAGGGGUCGGUCAACAAGGUCCGACGCCAGCUCUUCGAGCUGCAGUCCGCCGCCCCCACGGACCGGAGCGAGGAGGAGGAAGGGGGCGAGGUGAGGGUGGAGGGCACCUCCCCGCCCGACUACCUGCAGCACUUUGAGUGGCAGGAGGCUAAGUACCCCUCCAAGCGCCCCCUCAAGGACACCGUGGCAGCCAUCACGGAGGUCACUCAGAAGCUGGACGACGACCUGAAGCUCCGCACCACUGAGUACACCCAGCAGCGGACGCUGCUCCAGGCCCAGCUGCGAAAGCGCACGGGUUCGCUGGCGGUGCGGGACCUGUCGGACCUGGUGCCGCCCGGCGAGCUGGUGGAGACCGAGAACCUGGUGACGCUGGUGGUGGUGAUCGCGCGGUCCAACACCCCCGAGUUCAUGAAGAGCUACGAGGGGCUGACGGAGUGGGUGGUCCCGCGCUCCGCGCGCCUCGUCACCGAGGACUCAGAGUACAGUGUGGUCAGCGUGGUCCUCUUCCGGCGAGUGGUGGACGACUUCAAGGCAGCUGCCCGCGCCAAGGGUUACCAGGCCAAGGAGAUCACAUCGGAUGCAGAGUCCCAGAAGGCCAACGAGGAGGGUCUGGAGAAGCUGCGUGCCGCGGUGGAGGUGAAGCGGUCGGAGUUCGAGGCCUGGUGCCUGACCUCCUACUCCGAGGCCUUCAGCGCCUGGAUCCACAUCCUUGCCGUCCGCCUGUUUGUGGAGAGCAUCCUGCGAUACGGCCUACCCCCACAAUUCCUGCCCGUCCUCAUGAGGCCUAACCCCAAGGCAGUGGCCAAGCUGCGCAAGCUGCUGGCUUCCAAGUACUCUGGCGUGGGAGGCCAGUUCUUCAGCAAUGAGAGCGGAGCAGACAGCGAUCUGUUCCCGUAUGUCUCCUUCACCCUCAACAUUGAGGAACGCUGA